UUGGCAGGCGGAUGGCCAUCGAUUUUAAGCGAUGAAAUAGUGCGACCAUGUGCCUUGAUGGAUUUGGCUUGUAUUAGACGAAACCUUGCCAUAAACUCGGCUUGCAACCCAAACGUGGUGGGGAGUGUGCCAGCUCAGUACACCGUGCAGUUGUUGAGGUCUUACGCACCAUAUUUCAACUCCACCUACGAAGACAAUAACCUUAUAAUUAGGAACCAUAACAGAUGCAGAGUGUCUGCGUUUAUUUUCAAUCUGUCACGUCAAUCAGCCGUGCUGACGCUAGACUGUCCUCAAUUGGAAUUCGAAUCGAACCGCACUGUGAUCCAGCACGCCUCGUAUCAGGAAGACAAGUAUUAUAGCUACAGAUAUAAAGGAACAUAUCCGUUGGUUCGCUUGACCACAUACCUGCGCUACAACAACGGGCUGAAUUUGUGUACGACGUUCACUUUUGCUGAUGUCGCCGCUCUGCCAACGUUCGUCAUCACUCCCAAUGAUCUCAAGACAGAAAGAUACCUUUCCAGAGACCUCGGGGAGCUCAAUAUUUUUGAAAGGGAAACUUUCUUUUGGCGCUCAGCGUUAUUAGCUAGGUACUUCAUCAAUUUAGUUCUUUGUAACUUUGGAUGUAACUAUUAA